AGGUACCUGGAAUAGAGGGUUGAUGCACUUGCUCACCUCAAGGCUAAUGACCUCGAAAAUACAAUUGCUGAUAACAAUACAUCAUCAUCUCAGCAAAAGGCAAAAGCCAUAAUUUUCCUUCGCCACCAUCUUCAUGAAAGUUUAAAAUCUGAAUAUUUAUUGGUGGAAGAUCCGAAGGAAUUAUGGGAUAAUCUCCAAGAGAGAUAUGGUCAUCAACAAAAGUACAAGCCAUGGCAUAUGGACGGUUGCGUAGAAGAAGAAGGCUGUUAGGCGUGAGAGCAGAGACGCAGCAGAAUCUGAUCUGAGUCAGGAAGACGACAGUGAUAACUGUACUCUACAAGCUUCUAACCUCUGCCACAAGGUUUCCUCCAUUCUUCUGCUUCGCAAUCAUUCUUCGUUCGAUCUAGGGUUUCUGCAACUCUAAAUCCUCAAAAAAACACUGAAGCAGAGCCGAUGGACGGCGUGUUGUCGGCGUCGGACCAGCAGAUCUUAGUCACCUCUUUCCUUGAGAUCGCAGCCGGCCAGUCUGCUGACACAGCGCGCCAGUUCCUUCAGGCAACAAGUUGGAAGCUUGACGAAGCAAUUCAGCUUUUCUAUAUCGGCAAUGAUGGAGAUGCAACUGCAUCAUCAUUGAAUUCCCCAUUGGCAAACAAUGCAUCUCUACCUGAUCCUAACUUGAGUGGAUCUAGAAAAGACUCCAGGGACGAAAGCAUAAGGCAAACUGAUGGUGAUGAUGUACGACCACCUUUGCCUGUAAUAAAGGAUGUUCUUUAUGACAAUGCCGUGCUGCAUGGACAAUCAAUGAUGGGUGUUUCUGCACGCGAAGCACGUCAUGUAGUUCCCUUCCGCAAUUUUGAGGAGGAAAUGAAACACCCAGGAGUAUGGGAAGCAGACAAAGGAUCUUCUUCUGCAGCGAAGAACACUAAAGCAGACAAUCUUGCUUCUUUAUAUCGUCCACCUUUUGCAUUGAUGUACCAUGGAUCUUUUGAAAAGGCGAAAGAUGCUGCUAGACUUCAGAAUAAAUGGCUUCUCGUGAACCUUCAGUCUACCACAGAGUUCAGCUCACAUAUGCUUAAUCGUGAUACAUGGGCUAAUGAAGCUGUUGCACAGACAAUCAAAUCCAACUUGAUCUUUUGGCAGGUUUAUGACGAUACAGAAGAAGGCAGGAAGGUUUGUACUUAUUACAGGUUAGACUCAAUUCCUGUUGUUUUGGUGGUUGACCCCAUAACAGGCCAGAAGAUGCAAUCAUGGCGUGGAAUGGUCCAACCUGAUACUUUGCUUGAGGAUUUGCUACCUUUCAUCGAUGGUAGCCCAUCAGAUCGUGUCGGCCAAUCUCAUAAACGUCCAAGAGAAAGCCCUCAUGCACCUCCACUGCAAGUUCGAGAUCAAGCUAAAAAUGAAGAAGAAGAAUUGCAACUAGCUUUGGCUGCUUCCAUGGAGGGAAUGAAAGAUAGUCAUGUAGAUGCUUUAAAAGAAGCCAUUGAAGCCGAGGAUAAUGGAAAAGAUACAACAAGCAUAACAAAGAAGCCCAUUUAUCCUCCGCUGCCUGAAGAGCCUAAAGGUGACCGGAAUCUCCUAUGCAGAGUUGGCAUCCGUCUUCCUGAUGGACGCAGACUUCGAAGGAACUUCUUACGCAGUGAUCCAAUUCAGUUGUUGUGGUCCUUCGCCUCUUCUCUGCUUGGGGAAACAGAGUCGAAGCCCUUCCACUUGACACACGCAAUCCCUGGGGCCACAAGCUUUUUGGACUACGAGAGUGUUUCAACCUUUGAAGAAUCCGGGCUGGCCAACUCCAUGAUUUCGGUUACCUGGGAUUGAAGGUGAACUGGUUGGUUGCCCUAUAUGCAUCAUUGCAAUCCUAGGAAGAACAAGGAAUUUGGUGUUUUUGUUUUGUUUUGUUUUGUUUUUGCUAACUGCCACACAAGCUUCAGCCUUCUGGCCUCUAUUUAUUUUAAUACUCCUUAUAAGAAACUCACCUAGAGAAGGUCGUGUAGAGCACAUAGCUUUUUGUGUAUAAUAUAAACAUUAUGGUCUUAUCACUCUUAUGGACUUAUGGUUGGAUAAAGAAAUCAUAUGGUCAUGGGAUGGGUUA